AUGAAGCCCGAAAACUGUUUCACUGAACCGAUGCCCGUGCGUUUGAUCACACUCAACAUCCGCUACGCCAUCAAAAAGACGCUUUUGCCAAAUGAGCAGCCAUGGGAAGUCCGGUGCCCGAAGUUGACGUCUCAACUAAGAUUCCACACUGCCGGCCUCACAAAUGCCUUCAUAUGCAUCCAAGAGGCGCAGAACCAACAACUCCACGACUUAGAAGCGGAAUUGGGCCCACGAUGGGCCAGCAUCGGCUGUGGUCGUGCUGAUGGGGUGUCCGAUGGAGAAUUUUCGCCCGUGUUCUACCGGAUUGAUCACUGGACUGCAGAGCGAAGUGAGACGUACUGGCUCAGUCCCACACCAAAGAAGCCUUCAAACGCAUGGGGCGCAACCAUCAAUCGCAUUGUCACGGUUGGUCUGUUCAAGCACAAGACCUCCGACGCUAGGAUCGUUGUGAUGAGCACCCACCUCGAUCACAAGAGCCAAGAAGCCAGGCGCGAGAGUGCCAAAUUACUUCUUAAGAUUGCUGAAGAGUGGCUCAAGAAUGUAUCAGAAAGCUUUGGGAAGGAUGUGCCGGUUUUCCUAGGCGGGGACUUCAACAGCGGGCCGAAGGACGAGCCGCAUCAGAUUUUGACAGCCCAGCCUGGAGGAAUGAGAGAUAUCUCGGACUUGGUCCCGGCUUAUCAGCACUACGGGAAUAAGAUCACCCACACGACCUUUGGGGAGGCGGAAUCCACUACGAUUGACUAUCUUUUUGUACUGAACCACAAGCACAUCCGCUUUUGCAAUUUCGCCGUUCUCUCAAACCGAUUCGAUGACGGUGUUUAUUACUCGGAUCAUCGCCCUGUGGUAGCCGACAUGGAACUUCUGCGCUCGAAGGGCCAGUAA